AUGAAGGUCGUCACCGCCUAUGCCGUUGCCGAACGGUUUGAUAUUGCCAAAGUUAUGGAGAUACUCCUAGCCAAAGGAUAUGAGCCUGACCCCCUCGAAACUGGGCUUUACCCCCAAGUGGUCCAUAUUCAAGUUCCGCUUGAUUCCAUCCGACGAACCACUAGUUUAGCAUCGUCAGAUCUAUCUUCAGAUGAGGUUGGAGAUGUAUUUGUCUUUCCGUCAGGAACAGUUGUUUCAUGGUCGCUUCCCGAGACAUUUGCGUCAUACCUAGCAACCACUGUGCUGCUACCAGCAGCUGAGAAUCCGCACAUCGAACGAAUGGAGACGGAAGAUCUCGAUUACAUCGAAGAUCCUCAGCGAGAUAAUAGUUUUAUGAAGGGCGACGUUAUCAUUCUCGGGACUAACCCGGUCCCUGAAGAGCAGAAAACACAAGAUAUUCGACACCCAAAUCGAACUACAGUCGACACAGUACUGACAAAGAUUGCCUUCUCCUCAGGCCUUGCCCGAAGUACUAAGCUUGCCGUAUUAGAAAGUUUACUACUGAACUACUUUGAUUCUACACGAAAUAUACCCACGCAACUCUCCAAGGGUUCUCGAUUACCUUAUACACGCAGUUUUAUACUGCGUAAAACUGGCCAGCUACUCAGCCUCAGGGCGCAAUUGAAUCUGUACUCAGAAUUAACAGACUCUCUUCCAGAUAUCUUUUGGGAUAGCCGACACGAGCUUGGUUUAGAAGGGAACUAUGACCAAGUUGGAAAAGCUCUGGAUGUUGGCAUCCGCAUCAAGGUGUUAAACGAAAAAAUGGAUUACGCACAAGAGAUUGCAAGUGUCUUACGUGAACGCUUGAGUGAAACUCACGGACUCCGAUUGGAAUGGACAAUUAUUCUCUUGAUUGCAGUUGAAGUUUGUUUUGAAGUCCUAAGACUCUGGAAAGAGAGAAAACAGGAGCUAGCUGACAUGAAAGAGAAUAAAGAAAACAUUACCGAUGGAAACACCCUCUCUUCCUAA